ACAGAAUGGCUCCAUGAUCCUUUACAACAGGAAGAAGGUGAAAUAUAGGAAAGAUGGAUAUUGCUGGAAAAAGAGGAAAGAUGGGAAAACCACCAGAGAGGACCACAUGAAACUGAAGGUCCAGGGGGUGGAGUGCUUGUACGGCUGUUAUGUCCAUUCCUCCAUCAUCCCCACCUUCCACCGGAGGUGCUACUGGCUCCUUCAGAACCCUGAUAUUGUACUGGUGCACUAUCUGAAUGUCCCGGCCAUUGAAGAUUGUGGCAAGCCCUGCGGCCCCAUCCUCUGCUCCAUCAACACUGACAAGAAGGAGUGGGCAAAAUGGACAAAGGAGGAGCUCAUUGGGCAGCUCAAGCCAAUGUUCCAUGGUAUCAAGUGGACGUGCAGCAACGGGAACAGCAGCUCUGGCUUCUCAGUGGAGCAGCUGGUGCAGCAGAUCCUCGACAGCCACCAGACCAAGCCCCAGCCUCGGACACACAACUGCCUCUGCACUGGCAACUUGGGAGCAGGCAGCAGUGUGCAUCACAAGUGUAACAGUGCCAAACACCGCAUCAUAUCACCAAAGGUCGAGCCGCGGACAGGUGGGUACAGCGCUCACUCAGAGGUACAAAAUAACGAUGUCUCCGAAGGCAAGAACGAGCACAGUCACGGAAAGGGCUCGAGCCGCGAGAAGAGGAACGGCAAGGUGGCCAAGCCCGUCCUGCUGCAUCAGAACAGCACCGAGGUGUCCUCCACCAACCAGGUGGAGGUCCCCGACACCACCCAGAACUCGCCCGUGUCCAUCAGCAGCGGGCUGAACAGCACCCUAUGGCCGAGCCCCGUGGUCACGGGGGUGUCCAGCAUGGCGGUGGCCUCGGUGAUGGGGAGCUUGUCCCAGAGCGCCACCGUCUUCAUGUCCGAGGUCACCAACGAGGCGGUCACACCAUAGUCCCCACGGCGGCCUCCACAGCACCUGCUCUCGGGCGGGCGGCCAGGCUCCGUCCUGGCAGUGAGCUCCGACGGGCACAAGUUCGCCUUCCCCCGGGAGGCGGGCGCUUGUCGGAUGCUGCCCGCCAACGUGUCCGAGGAGCUGGUGCUCUCCACCACUCUGGACGGCGGCCGCAAGAUCCCGGAAACCACCAUGAACUUUGACCCGGACUGUUUCCUCAACAACCCCAAACAGGGACAGACCUACGGGGGUGGGGGCCUGAAAACGGAGGCCAUGGGCCCCAACAUGAGGCAGUCCCCCACGGCCGAGCGGGUCAGCUUCAGCUUCAGCGCGGCCCUCGCCAAGGAAAUCAAGACCGAGGACACGUCCUUUGAGCAGCAGAUGUCCAAAGAAGCGUACUCCUCCUCUAGCACAUCCAACUCCCUCACGCUGUCAGCCGGCUCCAGCCUGCUCCCCUCGGGCGGGGGGCUCAGUCCCAGUACCACCCUGGAGCAAAUGGACUUCAGUGCUAUAGACUCCAACAAGGACUAUGCUUCUAGUUUCAGCCAGACUGUCCACAGCCCCCACGUCCACCAGACCCCUUCCCCUAGCUUCUUUCUGCAGGAUGCCAGCAAACCUAUCCCCCUAGAACAGAGCACCCACACUAAUCUCAAUGAUUCAAGUAGCUCUUUUGUGCCGUUAGGGAUGGCGACCGUCAAGACGGAGGCCCCUGCGACCCCCUCCAAUUGCAACGGUUCUGUGGAGACCAGGAUAGAGUCCACGUCCUCCCUCCAGCUCAUGCAGUUCCAGGCCAACUUCCAGACCAUCGCUGCAGAGGCAGAAGUUCCCAUGGAGACCUCUCAGCCCACCGAAGGGGGCGAGAACAUGCUCAAAUCCGGGGAGCUGCAGAGCUGCAGCUCGGAACACUACAUGCAGCCCGAAGCCAACGGGAGCCUCAGGAACGGGGGCAGCAUCCCCAUCCUCCAGGGGAACAUGGUCCAGGGGCUCUACCCCGUGGCCCACCACAGCCUCCAUAACUCUUCUAACAUGGAACUGAGUCUGGACCACUUUGACAUCUCCUUCAGCAACCAGUUCUCCGACCUGAUCAACGACUUCAUCUCGGUGGAAGGUGGGAGCAAUACUAUUUACGGACACCAGCUCGUGUCAGGGGACGGCGCGGGGCUCUCGCAGGCCGAAGAUGGCAACCGAGCCUCCUUCGGCCAGGCCGAGAUGUGCAUCCCCUGCUGCAGCCCCCAGCAGGGCGGCAUGCAGCUGAGCAGCGCCGAGAGCGGGGCCGGCACCAUGGCCUACAUGCAUGUGGCCGAGGUGGUCUCUGCGGCCACCGCGGCCCAAAGCACCCUGGGAUUGCUGCAGCAGAGUGGGCGAGUCUUCAUGGUGACCGACUACUCCCCAGAGUGGUCUUACCCAGAGGGAGGAGUGAAAGUCCUGAUCACAGGCCCGUGGCAAGAAGCCAGCAAUAACUACAGUUGCCUGUUUGACCAGAUCUCAGUGCCUGCGUCCCUGAUACAGCCAGGGGUACUUCGAUGCUAUUGUCCAGGUAAGGCUUCCUCAGGCCUUUGCCAGGCCGGCGUCAGAUCUGAAAGAUCAGUGACCUGGGAGUCAGGCCAUCGGGGGAGUGGGUGGGCUCGAAGCGACACUGGGCUCAGGCGCCCUCCGCGCCGCACAGCCCCGAGCCCGCGCCCUGCGGACUCAGGGGGCGCAGUGCCUGCUCAGUCCCGGCUCUGCCAGAGCUUCAGGCGCCCGGACGCCUGCCUCUCCUCGGAUCCUGGUGACGUCACGGCCACUCCCACCUCCGGAUUUGCCGAGGCAGCUGAGGAGGCGGGGCUGUGGCGAGUGAGCUCACCGCUGCGGCCCACCAUUGGCCGGAGCAGCGCACACGGCUGUGGCGGGGAGACAACGCUGCCCCAAGCCCGUAGCCCUUGUCCUGGAGAGUUCGAGGGGCGUGUUGUGGACGGGCGCAGCGUGCCAGGGGUGUGCGCAGGGCGGGGAGAGGGGGUGAGUAUUGUGUCCCGCGGCUGGGGUCUGGUGGCGAGGGCGCGAGUGUGUAACGAGGGCGAGGAGAUGGCUGUCUCUGAGAGGGUGCCAUCCCUUCCUCUCCCUCCGCGCUCCUCCCCACCCCUUCGCUCCCCGUCCGUCCCCACCUGGCUCCGCUCGGCUCCGCUCCCGAGGUACCCCGCCUUGGCCCCCGCGGGGCCGGAGUCAGAUAACCAGUUCAGGAUGUCCAUCCUGGAGAGGCUGGAGCAGAUGGAAAGGAGGAUGGCUGAGAUGACGGGAUCCCAGCAGCACAAACAGGGUGUUGGAGGCGGUAGCAGUGGAGGCAGCAACGGGAGCGGGAAUGGAGGAAGCCAGGCACAAUGUGCAUCUGGGACCGGGACCAUGGGGAGCUGCUUCGAAAGCCGGGUGGUGGUGGUCUGUGAAAAGAUGAUGAGUCGCGCCUGCUGGGCCAAGUCCAAGCACCUCAUCCACUCCAAGACUUUCCGGGGAAUGACCCUCUUGCACCUGGCUGCAGCCCAGGGCUACGCCACACUGAUCCAGACCCUCAUCAAAUGGCGAACUAAGCAUGCUGAUAGCAUUGAUUUGGAAUUGGAGGUUGACCCUUUGAAUGUGGAUCACUUCUCAUGCACUCCUCUGAUGUGGGCAUGCGCCCUGGGACACUUGGAUGCUGCUGUUGUGCUGUACAAAUGGGACCGCCGAGCUAUUUCUAUUCCUGACUCCCUGGGAAGGCUGCCUUUGUCAAUUGCCCGGUCCCGGGGUCACGUGAAAUUGGCAGAGUGUUUGGAGCAGCUGCAGAGAGAUGAGCAGGUUCAGCUCGGACAGAACCCCAGAAUCCAUUGCCCUCCAAGUGGAGAAUCCAAUACCAACAGCUGGAUAGCCCAGUGGCAUGGGGAAACCAUCACCUCCUCAGAACCACAAAAGGGAAUCACUGUUAUUGCAAGUACAAAUCCAGAGCUAAGAAGACCUAGGUCUGAGCCCUCUAAUUACUAUAGCAGUGAGAGCCACAAAGAUUAUCCUGCUCCCAAAAAGCAUAAAUUGAACCCUGAGUACUUCCAGCCGAGACAGGAGAAACUGCUCUCCACUGCACUGAGUCUAGAACAACCAAGUAUCAGAAAGCAGAGCCCCAGUUCCAAGCAAUGUGUCUCUGAGACAAUCGGCCCCACUGAAGGAAUAAGGGAUUAUAGCCGGGAAGUCUCCCCUCACACUCCAGAGGCUGCAGGAUUCCGAGGCUCUGGAGCUCAGCCUGGAGUCAAGUGGAACUCCAAAGACCUUUACAUUGGUGUGUCUGCAGUGCAGGUAACAGGAAGCCAGAAGGGAGCCGGCCUAAGCAAGGACCCAGCACCACCCCGGCUUCGCCCACGGGAACAGAUGAGUGUCCUAAUGAUGGCUGACAGAGAGAUGGUAGAUGCUGAGUUGUUGUCCUACCGAGACAACGUGGAGAAUGAGGCUUGCUUGCAACACAUGGAUGACUUACAGGUAAAUAUGAUGACCUUGGCAGAACACAUUAUUGAGGCAACACCUGACCGGAUCAAGCGAGAGAAUUUUGUGCCCUUGGAGCCCACAGCAGCGGAGAGGACAGAUGCUGCAGCCAUUAGCAGCACAAUGAGCUGGCUGGCCAGUUACCUUGCUGAUGUCGAUCAUCUACCAACUGCUGCACAGAUCAGAACUCUAUAUAAUGAGCCCCUGACCCCUUCUUCUAACACCAGCCUGAGCCCUGUAGGCUCACCAAACAGUGAAAUGGCAUUUGAGAAACCAAGCCUUCCCUCAGCAGCAGACUGGUCUGAAUUUCUGAGUGCAUCUACCAGUGAAAAGGUAGAAAAUGAGUUUGCUCAGUUAACUCUGUCUGAUCAUGAGCAGAGGGAACUCUAUGAAGCUGCCAAGCUUGUCCAGACAGCUUUCAGAAAAUAUAAGGGGCGUCCCUUACAGGAACAGCAGGAAGUUGCUGCUGCUGUCAUUCAACGUUGUUACAGAAAAUACAAACAGCUGACAUGGAUAGCCUUGAAGUAUGCACUUUAUAAAAAGAUGACACAGGCUGCCAUCCUUAUCCAGAGCAAAUUCCGAAGCUAUUAUGAGCAGAAAAGAUUCCAGCAGAGCAGACGUGCUGCUGUGCUGAUCCAACAGUACUACCGGAGCUACAAGGAAUGUGGCAAAAGCAAGCAAAGCCGCCGAGCUGCUGCCCUGGUACAGCAAAAGCUCAGGAGCAGUCUCCUAACCAAGAAGCAGGAUCAAGCUGCUCGAAAGAUAAUGAGGUUUCUACGCCGCUGUCGCCACAGCCCUCUGGCGGACCAUAGGCUGUACAAAAGGGGACUGAAUAUUUUUGGAACACAGAGAGUGAAAGAAUUGAAAAAGGCCAAGGAACUUGAAGACCCGCAGCAGCAGCAGCAGCAUCCCGUAGCAAUGUGACAUUGCUUUUCAGACUGUUUUCAUUUUCUGUUUUUAGCAGAGACAUGCAACAACAACAAAACAAAACAAAACAAAACAAACAAAACCCACUGCAGUUUGCGGAAACUCAACUGCAGGAUUUUAACAGUAAUGUUUUGGUCAUUGCAUUUGCACUUUCAUGGACAACUUUUAAUUUGUUCAGCAAGACAUCUUGGAACUCAAUCUUCUGUUGGAUCAUGGGAGAACAAGACACCAGGAGGAAUCUGUGAGAGGUUUCCUUCUCUCAGAAAGAAAUGGUUAUCCUCAUCUAGGGCUGUAUUCAAACAUCGUGUGGAACUGGACAAACAUUAUACCAAAAAUAUAGUUAAAGGUGGGAAUGCACGAGCAACAGAGAAAAUGCUAUUCCUGCACCUGUCAAUCAUUUCCAAGAAGCUGAAUCUUUGGGAUUCUCGGUGGAGGGCUUAGAUCGUACAAAUCUUUAUUGGGUCCGUGUGUUCUCAUUUUCUUUGCUCUUCGAUUUUUUUUAAAAUCUCUCUACAGCACACUUAAUGCAACUUUUUAAAUCUGCAGGUUUUUAAUGUCUUGUGGAAAUUUGCAGAGGGGUGAUUGUGUGAAGCAAACGGGUAAUGCAUGGGAAAUAAGGAAGUACAGCUUAAGGAAAGUUUGAAAGUUUCUUUCGUGUGUAUGGUUUUUUCCUAGAACCUGCAAAGUCUAUCAGUCACCAUGUACUUUUUCUCAUGUCCAGCACUUUAUUUUUUGCCUUACUUUCAUGGGAGAUGAAAGUUAUGUAGAAUAAUUAGUCAAGCAUGUAGCCUUUUUUUUUUUUUAAGUAAACUUGGAAAUUCUUAGUCAUUCUGAGGAACCAUAAACAUUGCCUGGACAUUAUGCCACUUAAAAGAUCAGUGUGGUGCUGCGUUCUGGCCAGUAAAUUCCAUAUUUUGGCGAUAUUUCAUCAAAAAUGAGCAGUUUCUGUAUAUAUAGAAGGUAGAAAUGGAAAAUGAGAAAUGAGAAAUACUAUUUGAAAGGGAUUAUAUUGAUUAAUUACUAAAUAUUUUAUUCACAAAGGGUCAAUAACAUGGCAAGAUAAAAUUAUUAUUUGUAUAGUUUUGUCUGAAUGAGCGAGAAAAGUGUGGAUGUAUUGUUUGUACAUAUUGUAUAUAUUAAAACAGAGAUAUGUGCAUGAAUUCAAGAAAAAAAGAAAUGAAAAAAAGCAAAGCAUUAGUGGCUAUGGUCUGUAAAAUGAAACAAAAACUUUAUUUCACUAUAAGAGUACUUUAUUUUAAAUGUUCUUUAGAAGAACAUUUUGCUAAAGCAUGACUAAACUGCAAAAAAAAAAAAAAAAAAAAAAAGAGCUACUGUAUUUAGACUUAGGAAAAAAGGCAGAGUAACAUUACUAAAAAAAAAAAAUUUAAAAAAAAGGAUAUGUUUACAUUUAAUUUUGGCUACCAGGAGUUUAUUUAAUUUUACUUUAACUUUUUUUGCCAAUGGUGCCAAGUAAUGUGAAUGCUAAUAUUGCUUAAGAAAAUUAAGUUAAUUUUGCAAAGCAGAUAAUCAUAAGAAAAACCAGUAUAUAGCUUAACACCAUCCACUCACUCCAAUAAAGAACACUUAGAAUGAACAUAAACUGAAAAAAAAAAAAAAAAGACAUAGUCUGAAA